CACUGUAUUUGCGCCAUGUACUUCCUCUCCAGCGUUGACAGUAGGACUAAACAGUGAAGUUAAGUGGAGUGCGCGCGCGUGCCCUGCUCUUAUGUGGAGAGAGGAUCCUGCAGGUCGGACUAUCCAUCACCUUUAACGCUCAACCCGAUGGAGCUGCAUUUUUUUAUGACGGCUGAAAAUCUAAACAUGGAAUCAGAUGGAAAAUGAGUCCAGUGCGUAAACUGCACUCAACACAAUCUUAAAACUGAGGAACUUUUUCUCGCAUACCUUGGGAUUUGUUCUUAUACUUAAAACAGUGGAAACAGAACACAAAAACACAAAAUGAGUAACAUCUACGAAUCUGCUGCCACCACACUGGGCAUCUUUAAUAGCCCAUGCCUGACAAAAGUGGAGCUCCGUGUCGCCUGUAAAGGAAUAUCUGACCGGGAUGCUCUAUCCAAACCUGACCCCUGUGUCGUCCUCAAGAUGCAGUCCCAUGGACAGUGGUUUGAGGUGGAUCGGACAGAAGUGAUUCGCAGCAGCAUCAGUCCAGUUUUCUCCAAAGUCUUUACAGUGGACUACUAUUUUGAGGAAGUGCAGCGCCUUCGUUUUGAGCUUCAUGACAUCAGCAGCAACCAUAAUGGACUUAAAGAGGCUGACUUCCUGGGCGCCAUGGAGUGCACACUCGGACAGAUUGUAUCUCAGAGAAAACUGUCUAAAGCUUUAUUGAAGCAAGGAAACACAGCUGGCAAAUCAUCUAUCACAGUCACAGCUGAAGAGCUGUCUGGGAAUGAUGACUAUGUGGAGCUCGCCUUCAGUGCCAAGAAACUGGAUGACAAGGACUUUUUUAGCAAAUCAGAUCCAUUUCUGGAAAUCUUCAGAGUGAAUGAUGAUGGCACAGCAUCACUGGUUCAUAGAACAGAGACAAUUAUGAACAAUCUCAGCCCUGUCUGGAAAUCAUUCAAAGUUUCAUUAAACACACUCUGCAGUGGAGAUCAUGAUCGGGAGUUAAAGUGUAUAGUAUGGGACUGGGAUUCUAAUGGCAAACAUGACUUCAUAGGAGAAUUUCAAACCACUUUUAAGGAGAUGAAAUCAGCCAUGGAUGGGAAACAGAUCCAGUGGGAGUGUAUUAAUCCUAAGUACCAAGUGAAAAAGAAGAACUACAGAAAUUCUGGAAUGGUCAUUCUUACCCUGUGCAAGAUCAUUAAGAUGCACUCUUUCCUGGAUUACAUAAUGGGAGGUUGUCAGAUUCAGUUCACAGUGGCCAUUGAUUUCACUGCCUCAAAUGGAGACCCUCGAAACAGCUGCUCCCUCCACUACAUCCACCCUUACCAGCCCAAUGAGUACCUGAAAGCACUGAUCGCUGUUGGGGAGAUCUGCCAGGACUAUGAUAGUGACAAAAUGUUUCCCGCUUUUGGCUUUGGUGCCCAAAUUCCGCCAGACUUCAAAGUUUCUCAUGAUUUUGCAGUGAAUUUUGACGAGGACAAUCCAGAAUGUGCUGGUGUUCAAGGUGUCAUUGAGGCUUAUCAGAAUUGCCUCCCGAAAAUCCAGUUAUAUGGCCCCACUAAUAUUGCUCCAAUCAUCCAGAAAGUUGCAAACUCUGCUUCCGAGGAGAUGCACACCAAAGAAGCCAUGGAAUACUUCAUACUGCUGAUCCUGACGGAUGGAGUGAUCACAGAUAUGGCAGACACACGAGAGGCGAUUGUUCAUGCGUCACACCUGCCCAUGUCCGUCAUCAUCGUCGGCAUAGGAAGCGCAGACUUCAGUGACAUGCAGAUGCUGGAUGGCGAUGAUGGAAUCCUCCGCUCUCCAAAAGGAGAACCGGUCCUGAGGGACAUUGUGCAGUUUGUGCCCUUCCGCAACUUCAAACAUGCCUCUCCUGCAGCGCUGGCUAAAAGUGUGCUGGCUGAAGUUCCCAAUCAAGUGGUGGAUUACUACAAUGGAAAAGGCAUCAAGCCCAAAGGCCUGUCAGACUAUGAGUCUUCCAGGGCUUUUAGUCCCUGAGCUACGCAAAGCCAUAUAGCAACCUCCGUGUCUCAGCUUCAAGAUAUCUUCAUUGAUUAUUUCAGAGCUUGCUGCAUCAGUAUAGGUAUUAACAAGCAGGUCCAUCCAGCAGUUCCACUAGUGUUUGGUUUUUCAGUAGCAUUGGCAUGUUUCUUCUUACACAGCUGUUAAACUGGGGUCCCACUAGACUUUUCAUCCCACCGACUUCACAUUUAUAUGGGAGAAAGACGCAAAUCCGUUUAAAUACAUUACAUAUUUUGCUUAAUUGCAAAGCUUGUUUAUUGAACUCUGACCUGUGACUUCUCAUCAUGUGAAUUUAUGAGAUCAAUAUGAGGUCAAAUUAUGACCUCUCGGUAAAAAAUUUAAAACAUGUAGGAAUCGCUUGUUUUUUGCAGUGUCACACUGUAUUAUUAUUUUAUCCUACCCCUUUUCACCAUACUGUCUGAAUUCACCAUCCGCAUGUCAAAUCAAAUCAAAUAACUUUUAUUGAUUUGAUUUGACAUGCGAAUGUUUAUACUAGUGCAGGAGUAAACAUUGCUAACAGAAUAAAGGAAGACAAAUGGACAAAAGCAGGACAUGCACUGAUAGCCUUGCCUUAAAGACAUUGCAUGUGACCAGAAGUGAAGAAAGGGUAUUUCGAGGACGAAGGGAAGGUCAUGAUCAGUGUUGGGUAAAAGUUCCAUUGAAAGUAGUGCAUUCCCAGCUAGCAAAAUUCAUGUGAUUCAACUACGGCCCACACCAGACUCUUACAUCCAGCCCACAUGCCACAUGAAACGAUGGCAGAUUGGCAGUCCUGUUUGCCAGAUCUGGGCCACAAUUAAGUCAUAGCCAUACCACUGAUCAGCCAGAAUUCAACCAA